GCACAGCAGCCCCUCCCCUCACUGUGCAGUAACUCCCAAACAGACCGAUCUAAUGGCAGCUCUCUGAAAACCCCUGUCUGUGUCGUUUUGUAUCACGAUGGCUGUGGAUUCAUUAUCUCCGGAUUGGGAGUUUGAUCGCUUUGAUGACGGGUCACAAAAAAUUCACACAGAAGUGCAGGUUAAAAACUAUGAGAAGUUCUUAGAGGAAUAUACCGCUCAGCUCCAGGGAAUUGAAGAAGCACUGGACGACUCUGUUGGAGAUGUAUGGGACUUCACUCUGGACCCUAUCGCUUUGAAGCUCCUGCCGUAUGAACAGUCCUCACUGCUGGAGCUCAUCAAGACUGAUAAUAAGGUGCUUAAUAAAGUUAUCACAGUGUAUGCAGCUCUUUGCUGUGAAGUUAAAAAGCUGAAAUAUGAGGCUGAAACCAAGUUCUACAAUGGCUUGUUGUAUUACGGUGAAGGAGUGUCAGACACUAGUGUGGUGGAGGGAGAGUCUCAGAUUCAGAUGGGCCGCUUCAUUUCCUUCUUACAGGAGCUGUCUUGCUUUGUGUCGCGCUGCUUUGAAGUGGUAGUCAACAUGGUUCACCAGCUGGCUGCUUUGUACAUCAGCAACAAGAGUGCGACAAAAAUUAUUGAGUCCACAGGUGUACACUUCCAGACAGUGUACGAGCAUCUGGGAGAACUUCUGGUGGUCCUCAUCACCCUUGAUGAGAUCAUGGAGAACCAUGCCACACUGAAAGAUCACUGGAGGAUGUACAAAAGGUUACUGAAAUCUGUCCAUCAUAACCCAGCUAAGUUUGCCAUUCCAGAGGAGAAACUAAAACCCUUUGAGAAGCUUUUACUGAAGCUAGAGGGGCAGCUGUUGGACAGCAUGAUUUUUCAGGCUUGUGUGGAGCAGAGGUUUGAUGACCCAGGAGAAGGUGUAUCGGUUUCUAAAAACAGUGCCUUUGCAGAGGAAUUUGCGUAUAAUAUCAGAACCAUAUUUGCCAACGUUGAAUCGAAGAUUGGAGAGCCGUCAGAGAUUGAUCAGCGGGAUAAAUAUACAGGCGUAUGUGGCCUCUUUGUGCUCCACUUCCAUAUCUUCAGGGCUGUCGACAAGAAGAUCUACAAAUCUCUGCUGGAUGUGUGUAAAAAGGUCCCUGCAGUGACAUUAGCAGCUAAUAUAAUCUGGUUCCCAGACACAUUUCUGUUAAGCAAAGUCCCUGCGGCAGCUAAACUGAUGGACAAGAAGAGCAUCCAGAGCCUCCGCAGCAGCAGAGAUGCAUUCCUGCUGCAAAAAGCGCAGACACUAAUGAAGGACAUGCAGUCCUACUAUAUAUUUGUCACCUCCUGGAUGAUGAAGAUGGAGUCUAUAUUAUCAAAAGAACCGAAACCAGACAAACUGUCUGAGGAUUUGAGCAACAGGUGUAAUAUCUUUGUGCAGGGAGUCCUGUAUGCUUACAGCAUCAGCACCAUCAUCAAGACUACUAUGAACAUGUACAUGUCCAUGCAGCGGCCCAUGACCAAGACCUCAGUGAAAGCCCUGUGCCGAUUGGUGGAGUUGUUAAAAGCUGUGGAGCACACGUUCCACCGGCGCUCGCUGGUUGUAGCAGAUUCUGUGUCUCACAUCACGCAGCAGCUGCAGUCUCAGGCUCUGGCCUCCAUCUCUACUGCUAAGAAACGCGUGAUCUCUGAUAAGAAGUACAGUGAGCAGAGGCUGGAUGUGCUGUCGGCUCUGGUUCUGGCUGAGAACACUCUGAACGGGCCCAGCACCAAAGAGAGGAGACUGAUCGUGUCUCUGGCUCUCAGUGUUGGCACUCAGAUGAAAACUUUCAAGGAUGAGGAGCUCUUGCCUUUACAGCUUGUGCUGAAAAAGCUAGAUUUAAUCAGUGAAUUAAGAGAGCGAGUCAAAGUGCAAUGCGACUGCAGUUUCCUGUACUGGCAUCGUACAGUUUUUCCUAUCUACCUGGAUGACGUGUACGAAAACGCUGUGGAUGCGGCCAGAAUUCAUUACAUGUUCAGUGCGCUCAGAGACUGUGUGCCCACCAUGUUGCAUGCCAAACACAUGGAGUCCUGUGAUGAACUGCUGGAGUGUUAUGACACUGAGAUCAUGGAAAUCCUCAAUGAGCACUUGCUAGACAAGCUGUGUAAGGAGAUCGAGAAGGACCUGCGCUUGUCUGUGCACACACACCUCAAACUGGACGAUCGAAACCCUUUCAAAGUGGGCAUGAAGGAUAUGGCUCAUUUUUUCUCUCUCAAACCCAUUCGCUUCUUCAACCGUUUCAUUGACAUCAAAGCUUAUGUGACUCACUAUCUAGACAAGACGUUUUACAACUUGACGACUGUGGCUCUUCAUGACUGGGCCACGUACAGCGAGAUGAGGAACCUCGCCACACAGCGCUAUGGUUUGGUGAUGACUGAGGCGCAUCUUCCCAGCCAAACUCUGGAACAGGGCCUGGACGUCCUGGAGAUUAUGAGGAACAUUCACGUCUUUGUCUCGCGCUACCUAUACAACCUAAACAACCAGAUCUUCAUUGAGAGAACCAGCAACAACAAGCACUUAAACACCAUUAACAUCCGCCACAUUGCCAACUCCAUUCGCACUCAUGGAACCGGUAUCAUGAACACAACGGUGAACUUCACGUAUCAGUUCCUCCGAAAGAAGUUCUACAUCUUCAGUCAGUUCAUGUAUGACGAGCACAUCAAAUCCAGACUCAUCAAAGACAUCCGCUUCUUCAGGGAAACCAAGGAUCAGACCGACCAAAAGUACCCCUUUGAGCGAGCAGAGAAGUUCAACCGUGGCAUCAGGAAGUUGGGUCUUACUCCAGAUGGUCAGAGCUACCUGGAUCAGUUCAGACAGCUCAUCAGUCAGAUCGGCAAUGCAAUGGGUUAUGUGCGCAUGAUUCGGUCCGGAGGGCUGCACUGCUGCAGCAGCGCUAUCAGGUUUGUUCCUGAUCUGGAGGACAUCGUUAACUUUGAGGAGCUUGUUAAAGAGGAAGGCCUUUCUGAAGAGACGCAGAAAUCCGCCAGCCAACUGGACUGUGUGCUUAGUGACCUGACCAGUAACUCGGCUGAAGGAACGGAGUACUUCAAGAUGCUGGUGGGCGUUUUCGCACCAGAGUUUCGCACCGUCAAGAACAUGCACUUGAGGAACUUCUACAUGAUAGUUCCUCCUCUGACGGUAAAUUUCGUGGAACAUUCCAUCAGCUGCAAAGAAAAACUAAACAAGAAGAACAAAGUGGGAGCUGCGUUUACAGACGAUGGUUUUGCCAUGGGAGUCGCCUACAUCCUGAAGCUUCUGGACCAGUAUCAGGAGUUUGACUCUCUCCACUGGUUCCAGGCUGUGAGGGAGAAGUACAUGAAGGAAAUGAACGCGGUGGUGAAGGAGCAGAACGUUCAGUCCACCAGCCAAGACGAGAAGCUCAUGCAGACCAUGAACCUGACCCAGAAGAGACUGGACGUCUAUCUGCAGGAGUUCGAGCUGCUCUAUUUCUCUCUGAGCAGCGCUCGGAUCUUCUUCAGAGCUGAUAAAACGGCAGCCGAGGAGACCCAGGAGAAGAAAGACAGAGAAGAAGUUGCCAAAACUGGUCCAGGUUCCUCAACGAUCGAGGGUUCUCCUGGGGAAAGCAGUGCCAAGUGAAACUACAAAGGAUCUUGAAUGAUAUAAAUCACUUGAACAGCAUGGCCUCGCUCCAGAUGAGGUUAUAAACAUUGACCCUCCAGACACCAUACUUGUUUUGGAGUCUGUAGAGAUGCUCUGCCACCUGCACUCAUUCAACUAAAACUGAGUGUGGAUUUGGACCAACGCUUUGGUUUUAGAUCAUGAUUGUUUUAUGUAUCGUCAACGAUGUUCAACAACUGCCUUGUCAAGCAUUAUGCGUUCAUGUAAAUUCAAGAUAUGUGAUUGGUAGAUG